GCUGUUAAGGAAGACCUACUUGUACAUGUAUGCUGUGAGGCAUGUGUCGUUCUUUUCAUAUUUUGGUAGUUAGCCUAUAUGUCUGUGCCAGUCCCGGUUCUGUGAUACUUUUUUUUAUAAUGUGAUAACCGUGCUAACAAUAAUGUUAGCUAUAUAUUGUGAUUACACCGUAAAAUAGCAUUUAAGAUCUAACGCCAAGUAAACCGGAUAUUAGCUAAUGUUAGCCAGCAAGCGAGUACAUUAUCGAAAGCCUUGCCAUGCAGCCAGCCGUAACUAUGUAGCUGGAAAUAGCGCCGCUAUAUAUCGUAUUUACAGCAAGACAACGGACAGGCUUCGUGGUGUCUUAUCGAGAUAAUUACGGAUAGUCAGUCUGUCUACGUAGAUUAGAAGCAUGGUAGCAUUUACGUUAAGAAACCUAAUUUCGAGGUUACGGAAUCCAAGGCCUUUACAUCGCUGUGCCGGAGAAGUUAGACUUUCAUCGAAACAAACUCUAACCUGGUGUCGCUGGUCUCAUGACACAACGUCAAUACCCCAUGAAAAGCAAAAUUCUCAUUUUCGUAAUUCCAAGGUACCACAGACACCAACAUGGGAACCUGUGUCAGAAGAGCAUCUACCCCCGCCCACACAAGUGCCCCUAGAUCUGGUGGAUAAAUUGGAACGUCUGGCUUUGGUGGACUUUCGAAACCAGGACGCAGUGGCUUGCCUAGAGAAAGCCAUCCGAUUCGCUGACCAGCUCCACAUUGUGAACACAGAGGGGGUAGAGCCAAUGGAUUCAGUUCUUGAGGACAGAGCACUCUACCUGAGAGAUGACUGUGUGGAGGAGGGCGGCUGUGCAGAGGAGUUGCUCCAGCUCUCAAAGAACAUUGUGGAGGAGUACUUUGUUGCACCACCAGGUAACAUCCCACUCCCACAGAGAGAUGAGAGGACUGCUAUGCUAAAAGACUCUGAAUUCUGAAUGAUGGACCAAUGAAGAAACAGAUUCUUACCCUGAAGUCUGUGACAUUUUGACAAGGAUAUGAGCAAGCUACACCUAGGAACUCCACUUUUUAGUGUGUGAGCAAUGGCUUUAGUUGACCUCUGUUAUUCAUUGUAUAUAUUUGUUGCUCAGAAAACUGUGCCGCUAAAAUAAAAAAACUUGGACCUGCCCAUAGAGCAUGGAAGAUGUGAUACAACUGGCAUUUCCAAAAGUAACACUGGUGGUAGUUCUGGAAAUAAGACCUGAUUUGUAAUAGCAUAAUGGCAGUUUAGCUGACCAAAUAUGAUGGUAAGCAAGAACUAUCCCAACAAAGGAGCCAGAAUUAUUGAGU